GGACAACAGCAAGCAUCUCGCUGUUUAUAGAGCUACUGCAGUGAAGGUGGGGUGGACUUUGAGCGUUCGAAGCUCUGUCUGUGCCUCCCAGUCCUUCCACUGAGCCCAGCUGAGGGUAUAAAAGCCUCCAGCUGAGGCUGCGAAAUCAGUCUCAUCCGAGUACUCGCCAACCCCAAAGGAGAGAGCUUCAACGAGCCCAUCAUGGGGGACUCAAAGCUCUGCCUUUUGCUGCUCCUCAGCACAUCUGCCUUGACUUUUGCCCAAGAUGAUCAGCCUACCUGCCUGUUGGCCCAAAGGUACAAAACCCUGCACAAGUACGAAUACCAAUAUGAAGCCGAAUCUCUGAAUGCUAUCAACGGAGCCUCACCGCUCAAGAAUGGACCCAAGGCUUCUUGCAAGGUUGAAAUCGAAGUGCCUCAGACGUGUAGCUUCAUCAUCCGCACCACUGGCUGCCAGCUGAACGAGGUGGUCGAUGUGGACGCAGAGGGCAACCCUGUGUUCGGUCCUGCACCCAGCUCUGACACCUUUGCUGCUGAAAUGGAGAGGUAUCCUCUGAAGGUCAUGGUUGAGGGUGAAUACGAUGUGAAACUGUAUCCCGAAAAUGGUGAGACAACAACUGUCCUGAACUUUAAGAGGGGUAUCGUGUCUGCCCUGGCUGUGCCUCUGGUGGAAGAAAAGAAGAACAAGAGAAUGCCCACUAUCCACGGCAAGUGCAAGACCUACUACACCAUCAACGCCAGAGAGGACAUUGCAACCGACAUCAGCCUGGAGAGAGAUCUGUCCAGAUGUGACAAGUUUAACCCAAUUAGACAUCACACCAGCCCUCUGGCACUUAUCUCUGGCAUGCACUACCCUCUUUCUAAGAUGAUCAGAAGCUCCCAAACCUGCAACUACAAGUUUGACAAUGAGAAGAAACACAUGACCUCUGGCUCCUGCACUGAGAACCACAUCCUCAUCCCCUUCUCACACAAGGGACAGUAUGGAGUUACCAACAUUGGAAAGCAAGAGCUGACUCUGGUUCAGGUUGCUCCUCACAAUGACAGAGUCUUCGACCACAGUGAUAUCAUGAAGGAGCUUCACAUGGAUGCUGUUGAGGACAAGAGUGUUGUCCAGGAUAAAGAUGCAGCUCUGACUCUCCUGAGAGAACUGGCCACUCUGCCCGAGACCAACGGCGACAGGAGGGCCCACCUCUUCCAAAAGCUGGUCUCCAUGGUCCGUGCAAUGAAGACCGAGACCCUGACUCCUGCCAUUCCUGAGGCUCUGGAAGUGUCCCGUGUCCUGACCUACCAGGUUCUGGCUCAGUGUGGAACCCCUGAGUGCAGCAGCGCCAUCAUGCACAUCCUGAGAACCUUCGACACCGCCUCGCUCGAGGUUGAUGCUGCAGUUUUCGCGAUGGGAAUCAUGUCCAACCCCUCUGCCCUCCUGAUCCAUGACUUGCUGGAGAUGGCCAAAUACAAGAGCAGCAAGCCCAUCAUGUAUGCCCUCAGCAAUGUUGUCAAGAGGUUUUACAAACAGGAAGGAAAACUGAUCCCUGAGAUUUACUCCGUUGCUGAAUUCAUGGCUGCCCAGCUGGGUGACUGCACUGGAGACAAGGAUAACACUUUCAUGACACUGAGGGUUAUUGGAAACAUGGCUCCAGCUGUGAUUCCUGCUGGUCCUGCACUCAGAGGUGCUGUGAUGCAGUGUAUGAACCAACCUGCAGCUUCUCCAGCUGUGCAGCAGGCUGCCAUCCAAGUGUUCAGGCUGACUCCCGUCCCUGAGGAGGUGAGGGGCGUCUUUAUGCAGGUUCUCUUGGAUAGCACAAGCCCCGUGCAAAAACGCAUUGCUGCAUAUCUGGUCCUCAUGAAGGACCCUCGCCCAAGUGAACUGACCCAGCUGGCUAAUGUCUUGCCCCGUGAGCAGGACCAACAAGUCAAGAGCUUUGUCAUCUCCCACAUCACCAACAUUUUGUCCUCAAGCGGGCCUGAGACCCAGGAACUCAGACAGAAGAUCCGUGAUGCCCUGCAGGAUAAUGAGAUUGGAACCAUUAUGGAUCCCACCAAGUUCUCUCGCAACUACAAGAUUGGAUCCUUGGAGGGCAACAUGAUCUUUGAGGACACCAGCUACCUGCCCAAGGAGCUCAUGCUUGAAAUGACACUGAAGGCAUUUGGCUUUGACAUCGACAUGAUGGAGAUUGGCAUGGAGGGCAAAGGAUUUGAGCCAACAGUGGAUGCUCUGUUUGGAGAGAAUGGAUUCUUCCCUGACACUGCCCUGAAGACGAUGUACUUUGUCUCUGACAACAUGCCCCGGAGAGUCAAUGAGAUCCUGAGGGACCUCAUACCUUCUCUGAGGAAGAAACAGGCCUCCCAAAACCUGCUGAGGGAGAUCGGACACAACCUCAACAAACUGGUGAGGGAAGUGAAGUCUGCUGAGUCUCCAGAGGCAAUGGUUUAUCUGAGACUUCUGGGAAAUGAGCUGGGUUAUCUAAGGACCAAUGAAAUGGAGGAGAUGGCCUAUUCUGCUGCCAUGAUGAUCGACAGCAUGCUUAAGAUGUUCCCAGCUGAUCUGAUGAAGGCACUGAUGACUAAGGCUGACAACACAAUCUUUGCCCACUACAUCUUCAUGGACAAUGAGUUCUUCCUGCCGACUGUCACUGGUGUGCCUCUGAGGGUUUCACUGUCUGGUACUUUCACCCCUGGUAUCAAGGGUGGACUUAAGAUUGCUCGUGACAUGAGCGAAGUGACCUUCAUGCCCUCCGCUGGCAUUGAAUUUGUGACUCGCAUUGGCUCCCACAUCCCAGAAUAUGUCAAUUCUGGAUUAGAAAUGCACACCAACAUGUUCCAUGAGAGCGGUCUCAAUGCCAAAUUGUCCGUGAAAAGUGGUCACUUUAAACUGACCAUCCCUGCUCCAAGUGACCCAACUAAGCUCAUCAAAGUGACAAACAACCUUGUGGCAGUGACUGGGUCAGAAGUGAAGACCAUCCCUCCUAUGGUGAUGGACAAGGUUGAUGUUCGUGAGUGCACUCCAGUCUUCGCUGGAAUGAAAUACUGCUCUGAACUGCAGUACACUGAUGCUUUCUCUCAGGAGACCGCCCCAUUCUUCCCCUUCACCGGAGACAGCAAAUUGGCUGUGGAGUUCCAUCCUACUGGUGAAGUCACUGAGUACACAGCCACUGUUGAAUACAAGCUGCUCAAGGAGGGAGACGAGGGCCGGCAGAAGGUUGACUCUGUGAACUUUAUUCUGAGGGCUGAGGGUGCAGAUCCCACUGAAGCCAGAGCAGUCGUGAAAUACAACAGAAAGAAGAAUGCAAUCACAGCCGACAUCCAGAUCCCUGACUACGAUGUGGAGGCUGGUCUUAGGUUGGGUGUUGUUGAUGGAAACACCAAGGGCAAAGGAACCCACUCCAUCUCUCUCGACUUCAUCAACAAGAACAUCCCUGUGCUCUCUCUGGUUGGCCGUGCCAAUCUGAAGGCCAUGAAGGAAGGUAUGCUGCAAGUUCAGCUUCUGGUCCCCUCAAUCAAUGCUGAUGCCACUGUCACCGCUAACAUGAAACGAGAUGCAGAGCUGGAACUGGAAGUGAAGAGCGACAUCAAGUUCCAGGAUAUGAGAUCUGAGCAGGAAAUUGAUAUGAAAUAUGAUGGCAACAAGAUUGAGGUUGAGGUCAAGUCUGACAUGAACACUAAAACAACCGUCAUUUUCACUGAUUUUGUCGAGACUUACGGCAACGAUUUUCUUGACAUGCAAGUGGGUCAGACAGACAUGAAAGUCCGACAUAUCUUCAAGAAAUUUGUGGAGGCAGCAAACAAUUACAUGGAGAAGUAUGGUGCUGAUUAUCCUUACAUUCAGAACUUCAGAGUGCCUGACAUGCCUGAGAUUUCCCUGCCAGACACACUUUUCCUGAAUGCUGAGGCCAAAGGUGUCUACCACUUCAAUGAGGAUCGCAUCACAAUUCCUAUCCCUGUCCCACUUGGAGGAAAGUCAACAGAAGAUCUUAAAUUCCCCCCAGCUUUGACCACUCCCAGCCUGUCUCUUCCCCAGUUUGGACUGGAAAUCGUCUCCAUGGAAAUUCCCAUCCCAGAGUUUAUUGUUCCCGAGAGCUUCACUCUGUCCAUUCCUCGCUUUGGAAAAGCUGAGGUUUCAACGGUGAUGAAAAGCAAUCUGUAUGACAUGGAGGCCUCAAUGGCUGUUGGCAAAGAUGUUGUGGAAACACCCAGCUACUCAGCUAAGUUCGAUGUGACAGGAACCUCCCCAAUUGAGAUCCUCUCCGUGAAGAUGGAAGGCUCUGGAAUGUUGGCCUCCAUUGAUUCGAUGAAAGCACAGCUGAAAACCUCUUUGACCCAUAAGUUCAUUGAAGCCACUUUUAGUAUCACUGAGGAUGCAACCAUCACAGAUAAAAUCAAUUUGAAAUCUAGCAGCAAGAUGGAAGCCAAAAGCCCACUUGGUCUCAAUGUUGUCCUUGAGCACAAUGGCAUGUUUGGAAUCAACACUGAAGAAAUGUCUGCUAACAACAACUUUGAGGGGAAGAUUGCAGCUGGACCCAUCUAUGGCAAGACCACUUCAGUUCAGUCAUUAAAUAUCUUCCCAUUCAGACCAGAAGCAAAGUUUGAUUCUACUGUUCAGUUAGACUCCACCUUUGUUAAGACCCAGAACCAAAUUGCUGCAACACUUCUCAAUGGUGAAUUCUUAGCUGUGUCUAACACUAAUGCCUUUGAAGACACCUUCACUCAUGUUGCUGACGUUUCCUUCAAAGACAGCAAGCUGUCACUGAAAUGUGAUGCAAAUGCCUUUGCUUUUGGUAUGAAGAUCCGCAACCAAGCGGAAGCAUCUGCUGGUGCCGGUGAAAUGGCCAUGAAGAUGGAAACAAAUGCAGACCACUCUGACAACCGUGUUUACUCUCUGCUGACUGCUUCUCUUGAUGUCAAUGGUCUGGCUGUCAACAGCGAUGCCAGUGUCAAUCUUCUUGAGAACGAGGCUACUCACAAGGCUUCUCUGAAAAUGAACAAGGAUGGUUUGACCACAAGUGGAACAACUACCCUCCAGAGCCCCCUGUCCUUUGAGAACACCUUUGAUGCUGGGCUUGAUUCUACAAGGGCAUCUCUGUCCAUUAACAACAAGGCAGCAGUUGGUGAUAUGAAGGUUGACAAUGCCAACACUCUGAUCAUUACUCUCUCUAGCCUUGACUUCACCUCAAAGGCUGAAGCCACUGCAAGUGAGUAUGCCUCUUACACUCAUGAUGUCACCUUUGACCUGAAACCCUACAGUGCCUCUGCAAAUGUUAACAACAACCUCAAACUUCUGAAUGCCAACUUCAUUAAUGAGGCACAACUGCAGGCAGAGCUUUACAAGAUGGACCUGACUGGAAGCCUGAAGGCCAUCUACGGUGAGGAAGAGAUCAAGCACACCUAUCAGGUCAGUUAUGCCGAUAUGAGCGGCAACGCAAAGUGCAGCACCACUGGAAAACUCUUUGGGACUCAUUUGAGCCACAACACUGAACUCGAAGUUAUUGGUCUGGCAGCUAGGAUCAGCAAUGACGCUCGCUUCAACUCACAGCCAGUGCGCUUUGACCACACCAUCCGUUGCAGCAUUGUUCCUUUCGAUUUCAAUCUUGACGCUAUCUUCAAUGCUGAUGGAGACAUGACCAUGUAUGGAAAGCACAGUGCCCAGCUCUAUGGCAAGUUCCUUGUGAAAGCACAGCCUCUGGCUUUUGCCAGCUCACAUGAAUGCAGAGCAUCAGUGAACCAGCAGCUGAACAAUGGUUUGUCUCUUGAGACCACAGUUGACAACAAGAUGGACACUGUUUUGUCACUCCAAGAGCAGAAGACCAGUUUUAGAAUGAAGUCUAAAUUGAAUGAGCAUGCCUUUAAUCAGGACAUAAGCAUUUACAACACUGCUGAGGGAACUGGAAUUGAGGCUUCUGGUACCAUCUUAACAAACAUCAUCAACUCAGUCUCUGCAGACAACCAGGAGUUUGCCAUCUCUGGCUUCUUAAAGUAUGACAAGAACAGAGACUAUCAUAUAAUUCAGCUCCCUCUGAUUGAAAUUCUGCCUGCCUUCUUAGAAAACAUCAAAGGAUUUGUUGUGCAUUUAGCAGAGGCACUGCAAGACUACAUCAACAAUGAUGAGGUCAGGGCUAAACUUGAAGCUCUUCCUGAGCAGAUUAGUGACUUUGUUGCUCAAAUGAAUAUUGAAGAAAAGGCAAUCCAACUACUGCAGUCUUUCACUGAUUUAACCCAAAACUAUGUCAUCUCCAUGGAAGACGUGGAAGCCUCUUUGAGAAACUUGAAGAUUACAGUUGAGAAACUUCUGGCUGAUCUCACUGUUUACCUCCAGAACUUUGUUAGUAUGAUGAAGGAGACUAUCCUUAGUGGAAAUUUCCCAGAGCGCUUUGCUCAGCAGAUCCAGGACAUGCUGAAUGCCAUUGAUGAGGAGUUUGACAUCAAGGGUAUGCUUGUGUAUGUGAUUGACACCAUAAGAGACAUGGUCCAUGAGAUUGACCUGGACAAACUAAAGGACAGCAGUAUUGCAUUCCUGUAUGAUAUUGAUACCAAGUAUGAAAUCAAGACGAAUCUGAAGGAUUUUAUGAAUUUUAUUAGAGAAAUGAUUGAGAGAUUUGACUUGGCAGAGUUUGUUAGUGAUUUGGUGAGAUUCAUUUCACAUGAAAUGAACCAUUCCAUUAGGAACCUUGUCAGUCGGAUGCCUACAAAGAUCCUCAGUGAAGCAAUAGACAAAACUCUGGAAAUUAUUCAGAAUCUCAACAUCAUUGAUACAAUCAAUGCAUUCUAUGCCAAGAUGAGAGAGUUGAUUGUAAAGUUUGAGUUUGACAAAAAGAUUCAGUCUAUCUUGGAGAAGGCUGUGGAGCUCAUUAAACAGUACAGGAUUGAGGAAACCAUCAGUGCUGGAUUCAAAAUGGUGAAAGAUGCAGACAUUCCUUCUAAACUCAUGCAAGUCUUCCAGGAUGUUAUCAACUACUUGAAAAUAACUGACGUUAAGGAUAUAAUUCAACAUGUGAACAGGUAUAUUGAAAGUACUGUGCAAAAACUAAAUUCACUGGAAUAUAAUGACUUUGUGGAUUAUAGCAAUCAAGUUAUUUCUGAGUAUACAACUUACGUUAAUGAGAUGAUCAGGACUCUCGAAAUUCCCCAGAAACUGCAGGCAACACGAGAUUUUGUCAACCUGAUUUUGUCCUCUGUUCGUAGCUUUAUGGAACACCUGAGAGAAAUCAAAGUUGCAGAAAUUCUUAAAUCUGUAAAGGAAAUCAGCAGCCAAGUUGUGUUUGAUAACUUCAAGGCACUUGCUCAAUUCCUAAAAGAGAAAAUUACAAAUUUGGAUGUCAAAGCUGAAAUUUCCUCCUAUCUGGAAUGUGUGUCAAAAUACUACAGAAGGGUAAUGUCAGUCUUCAGUGGCAUAAUCCUCCUUAAUCUUGAUAUCAUGAAGAGUGUGGUACCAGACCAAAAAAUCAUCAGUGAGAUUCAGCAGAUCAUGGAAGGGCUCCUGACUGAGCUUAAGAGAGCUGAAAUUAUCCUGCCAUCCUUCACCAUUCCUUUUACAGAUCUUGUUGUGCCUUCCAUGACAUUUACCAUGAAUAAGCUGCAAGAAUUUGAAAUCCCAACACAGUUUGACAUCCCUGAGUUCACUAUCCUGGGCUACACUGUGAAAGCCACCACAGUUUCCGUUGAUGAUAUCAAACAGAAAAUAAUUGAGCUAAUUGAUUUUAUUCUAAACUUUGAGAUCAAUAUGUAUGAUGUGGAUGCCUUCUUUGGAGAACUGACUUUGGACUAUCUUCCUUCCAUGCCUGAAAUUGCAAUCCCUGAGAUCACUCUUCCUGAGUUCUCAUUCCCCACCAUUCCACAAGUUCCUGUAGAAAAGCUUGUGAAGUCUCUUCAGGUUCCUGAGAUCAAACUUCCAAGCAUUCCAAGUGAGAUCAUGGUCCCAUCCUUUGGUAAACUCUAUGGCGAGCUGAAAUUUCACACUCCCAUCUACACCCUCAAGACAACUGCAGAGCUUCAGAACUCCACUGAGAAACAAACGACACCUCAGUUCACGGGUUUCUUCACCUCCCAGGGCACAUCUCCAAGUUUCGAAAUUCUCAGUUACAAACUUGAGUCCACUGGUCGCUUUGCAAUCGCAAAAAGGAGUCGUAUGGUCCUUGCAGAAACUUUGAAGUUUAACCAUCAAAGUGUUGGAGUUGAACAUCAGGGAUCUGUAACAGUCUAUGGCCUAUCAGCUCAAGCCCAAGCCAAGACUUCAGUUAAGGUUACAACAGCACCUUACACUGCCAACUUUGAGAACACAGCCUAUAUUGGUAUGGUAGGAGGAAUGUCAGCUUCUCUUGACACAACUUACAAUCAUGUCGUGGACCUUCCAUUUGCCAGUGUCAGAAGUGAGGCCACAAUGACCCAGAAGUCAGUAGCUCGCCAAGAUGGCAACACCCUCACUCUAACAGCUGACAAUUCAGGCAAUGGAAAGAUUAAUGACCAUACUGGCAACCACAACAGCAAGCUGCAUUUGUCAUUUACCCCCAGCAUUUCCACCCUAACUUUCUCUGGUGACACAGACUCUAGCAUCCUGAAGAUGAAACAGCUUAUUGGUGCCGAACUUGGCACCUUUACCUACUUCAAGUUUAAUGUCCGCAACGAGGCAGAAGCACCCUUCAUCAAGAACAGCCUUCUUGUGGCAAAUGGACAUGUCAGCCUUCCUGAUAUGAAGGUUGAACUGAAAGCAAACCAUGACACAGAAAUGUCUGGUGCAGUCAGCGGAGACCUGUCCAAUUCAAUCACCUUCAAAGGACACCUACUUGAGUUUGUCUCUGAAUUCCAAAACAAGGCAAAUGCCAAGGUCAGCAUUUUUGAAUCUCUAACUGCUAAGAUUGAGCUGCAGAAUGAUUACUCAGCCAGCUUCAGUCUUGACAGCCAACAGAUAAACACAAUCAUCCUGGCUCGCUUAAACCAGUACAAAGCGUUCUGCAACUUCACUCUUGACAAUAACGUAAAUGAAGCUGGCAUCUUUGUUGCCAUGGACGGUGAAGCCAAUCUGGACUUCCUGAAAUACCCUAUCAGCAUUCCUGAGAUUGAUCUGCCUUAUGUUGACUUCCAUACUCCAGCUAUCAGUGAUCUGAAUUUGUAUGAGCAGAUUGGAAUGGAGAACAUUUUGACUACCACUGAGCAGACUGUUGAUGUGAAUGCCAAGAUUGUUUACAAGAAAAGCCGUUCUGCCCCACUUGUUGAUAUGAUGGGUCUCGUCCAGAUUCCCUCAGUGGGCAACCUGAUUACAGAGCUGUCUCUCAAGUCUGCCAUCAUUAAUCUGAAUGUCAAUGCUGGGAUGGAUGCCGAAGAUGAUCUUGUGUUCCGUCUUGGAGCCACCACUGCCUCUGUGUUUGAGAGUCUAAAAGCCAAACUUGAUGGCACCACCAGUCUGACCACCAAGAGAGGAAUCAAACUGGCCAAUUCCCUGUCCCUCGAAAAUCCUCACAUUAAAGGCACUCAUGGCAGCACCAUCAGCGUGAGCACUGACACUUGGGAAACUGACAUGUCUGUGGCUACUGUUGCAAAGGUCGCUCUGUCAAUACUCAACAUGGAAGUAAACCAAAAUCUGGUUGCAGACACCAAAACCAAAGCAAAUGCUGUCUCUGAAUUUAAUGUGAAGAGUGAUUUCAACAUUCCUAUGAUCACAGCUGCUGGAAAGGUUGAGAUAAAUCAUAAUCUGAAGAUAGAAGGAACUUUUGAGUAUGUUUCCAUGGACUUCUCCACCAAAGGAAACACGGAUGGCAAAGUGUUUGAAGAGUAUCUAGUUUUGGGAAUCUUGGACAAUGAGGCAAAUCUAUACCUGAACAGGGAUGGCCUGCGUUCCACUUCCAAGGUUAUUGCUGAUGCCAAGCUUAACUCUGGUACAACCAAAGUUAUUGGCAUGGAUGUAAAUGAGAAUCUGGAAAUUGAAGCUUCCCUGAGCCGUGUGUAUGCAGUGCUGAAGUAUACUGGCAACAAUGAGGCAAACGUGUUCAAUUUCAAUACCAAGGGAAAACAUAUUGCCCAGGCUACUAUUGACUUUGCACCAACCUCUUCCUUGACUGCUGAUAUUGAGACUGACAUGUCUCAGCAAACCAGCCUGGGUGACUUCGCUCUCUAUGAGAAGACUGUUGCUGAAGUGACAGGCGCCAAACAGAAGAUCUCUACUAAUGUUAAGUUUGCCAGCCCAGUGUACACCACAAACAUGGUCAUUGAGGUGGAGGGCAGUGUUCCUGUCUUCAAAAUCAUCUAUAAGUUGUCUGCUACCAGUCCUAUUGUCAUCUUGGAAUACGACCUGGAUGCUUUUACUACUACAAACUUUGAGGAUGACAUUUUCAGUAUGAAUAACAAGGCUGUCCUGAAACAUGCUGACCUGACCAUGGGUGUCAACCAUGUCAUCACUCAAGCUUUUGGGAGCCAAGCUGACGACAGUUCCUCUGCCCAUACACUGAAUGUGGACAUCAUCAGUCCUACUUUCACUGAUGUGAGCCUUCAUUAUGCUGCACGCAGAGAUGGUACCAGUGCCUCAGUAUCUACUCCAUCCAGUGGCUUUCUAGGCCUUCACUUCAGUGGUAGAGUCCCAUCUCAGAUGAGUGCAAGAUUCUAUGGCCGUUAUCCUUCCACUCCAGACGUUGAUGUCGACAUCUUGGUUGUUAGAUCAUCUCCUAAGGAUGCUGAUAAGAUGAGCGUGCAGAUUAACUACAAUAUGGAGGCACCCAAAGCAAUGCUCUCUGAGCUCAAGAUGAAACUCCCCUCCAUCUUCUACACAUUCACUGCAUUUGCUAACAAGUACCACAUCACAGAUGGCGUGGAGACCGUGAAAGACUUUGUCACUACACAAUUCAACGAUGCCUAUACUGUUGCAAUCAAUUAUGAUGAUCAAUUGAGCCAGCUGUCAGUUUUCUUCAGAAACAUCAUUGUCCAGUAUCAGAAAACUGUUCAGGUCUUCCUGGAUGCUGCCAUCAAAGUUUUGAGGGAGACCAAGUUUAAACUGCCUGGGUCUGAUGAGCUCACCACUCUCCCUGAAGUCCUAAAGCAGUUGACCAGCAGCAUUGCCGGUAUGCUUGAUGCAACCCUCCAAAUUAUCUUUGACAAUAUGGAGAUUUACUAUAACUCUUUUGUUGAGAGCAUCAGCAACAUGAAAGUGCGCAUGCCAGUUGGGGAUGCAAUCAGUGGAGGACAGAUCAUUGAUCAGGUCAAGUCAGCUUUCAAACAAAUCUCUGCUGGACUGGUGGAUUUUGUAAAAAAUAUGGAAAGUCUUGACACAAUGCUAGAGAAGAUUGGUGAGACUCUGAAAGCAAUUGUUGACAAAACUCAAGAGUUUGUUGACUCUAUCAAGUCUGACUAUUUAGAUGCAGUGUUUAUGAAGAUCAAUGAGUUCUAUCGUAGCCUUGUAACAGCCAUUAUGGAAACAACUGAGCUAUUCCCCGAAAUCAGUACAGAGUCGCUGAGCAGAGCAUGUGAGCGUGUCAUAAACAGCUUAAUCUUUGUAAUAUUCCAGUUCAAUGAAGCUGUUUCUGGUUUUCUGCAACAAGGCUCACAUCAAGCUGAAGCCUACAUUAAAGUUACAAAUGGAAAGCUUGAGAUUGACCUUCCAUUUCCCUUCCAACAGUGAGGAGCCCUCACAGACUGAAGCCUAAGUCCAUAUGAAACACUACCACCUGUUCAGAACACAUGCUUGGAAAUGGUAUGGACGUUUAGCUCUUUAACAGUAUUUAUAGCAAUGCAUUUAAAGAAACCCCUGUUUUAUCAUUGUAAUUUAGAUGGUUUAUUGUGUACAAAGAUUGAACAUUUAACAUUUUACUGAAAUUCACCUUCCAGCAAAGAGUGUGCAAAGCAUCAAUAAAGUCCAUCAAUACAA